CAAAAAAAUGAAGUGUGAAAGAAAUCAAAACAGAACAAACAUAACCUCAAAUAUUUCUUUCGGCGGCUGUCAAAUUUUUCUCCUAUAAAAAAGAACAAUGGUGUAAAAAUAUAUUAUAAAAUUCGUACCAGACUAUCUUUGAUCAUCCCACUAACAUAAUGUUUAGAUACGGGCUUUCGACCUUUCUCAGGACUGCCUUCCGAACUCAGCGUAAGACCAUUGUCACAAAAAUUCGAAAUUAUGCUCCAGUUACUAUGGGGCUGUUAACCACGGCUUAUUGUGACGAAAAACAGAAAGAGUUUGAUGUACUGUGGGAUGCAGGUAGUCUGGAACAUGACUUUUUAAUUCGACAAGCUACUACCAUUAAUGUAAACGCAGCAACUCAACUUUUGACUGUUACGUUAGUUGCUAUCCAAGAUACCAGUGAAAGGCUACGAGAUGCACUGACUAGGGAGAUCUGCCUGGUGAAACAAGCCCUGGAGUGGGGCGAGGAUGGCACUCCUCCACAUCACUGGGACCAGCUGGUUGCUGUGAGGGGAUCACUGUGUGACUUACGACACAACCUUCACACUUUGUUUAGUUAUAUGGAUUAUGCAGAAAAGUUAGCAACAGUUGCAGCAGAAAUUUCAUACUUAUCAGGAAACAUAGCCGCAUCAGAUGCAAUAUGUGAGAGAAUUGAUCAUGCAUGCAGGACGUGCAACGCACAGAAGCAGCUGACACAUGAGUUGCAGCAAGAGAGCCUCGAGCUGCAGCAGCAGGCCAUCCUCAGCGCGCCCCAGGAGCUGCAGGACAAACUCAAACAUGAAAUCAAGAACGAGAAGAAGACAUUGCAGACCUGACAUUGUUUGUCACUCGUUACAACUCACUUAAGCUCACAAACCUAUAGACUUUCAUAGAUGUAACUAAUUCUAGCAUAGAUCAAGUAGUACUUAGUGGCUUGUAUAUAAAUAUUCCAUUUAUUAUGAUUUACAUUAAUUUUUAUUCAAGCUAGUGAUUACUUUCUUGUUUGUGUUCAUGCAAACUUGCUAAUUGGAUAAAUGUUAUAUACGAAAUUUUUACGAGUAUGAUUUGCUUUUCAAAUUCCAUAGGAACUUCAUUAAAAAUUUGUUAAAGAGGGAAACACAUCAUAGUGAAUCUGCUAUCAAAAUUACCUGUAUAUAUAAUCUAGUUAGUGCCCUAGACAAUAAGAAACUUUUAAACAAUA